AUGGUGCGAUCCAAUGCGGCCGGGUACUCGCAACUCGCGGAACAAACGCCCUUCGACCCCUCUCUCGACACUGAGGGAGCGACACCGGUCGACCCUCUCCUCUCGAGCGCAAUCUCGCUCGCUGGAUCGGAGCCAGUCUUUCCGUUGAUUCAGAGGAUUCGGGUGGAAGUUGAAAAGGUGGUCGACACGGCGCUCUCCUGGGAUCAAUUGCGCUCGCCCACGCUCAAUUUCUCGGUCGUGAGGCCUUUGACGGUCAAGCUCAGCAAAGGCGACAGGCCCGCCAUCUCGCUCAUCUUCGCUCUCAUCGUCUGCCGCGCGCAUUUCCUGGAGAGGAGCGACGAGGACCUCGCCUUUGCCGCCGUCAAUACGUCGCGCGCCGACCUCUGCGAGCUUUUGGCGAUCAAGCUUCUGUCCGCCUAUGGAACGGCCCCUAACAGCUACGAACUCCUUCACGUCCUCACGACAUCCUUCAGCCCCUUCGCCGGCGUUUCGAGCGACAUGUUCCACGCGGACGAGGACGUCGACCUGGAAGAGCUGAAGCGACUCGAAGAGUUCGGCAAGGAGGAGAGCGCGAACGCGCUCGAGCUGGCCAUCUUCUCUAAAGCAAAGCGUUUCGUCAAGAGCCCGCUCGUCCAGCAGGUCAUCAAGGCUAUUGACACUGGCGAGGUGAUCUACACGCCCGAGUCGAACCACGCUCUGUUGCAAGACAACUACAAGUCGAAGCCCGUCGUCGAGGUCUACGACUGGCGUCGCCGCCCUUUCCUCGACCAUCACCGGCUCCGCGUCCCAGCAAUUCGAGGCCGCCUCGAGUUCAUGACCUUCUCCUUCCUGCUCGCCCUCUUCCUCCUCACCCAGUCGACCUACUCUCUCGACUGCAUCAAUGUGUGGGAAGGCCUGUUCAUCGCGUGGUCGAUCGGAUUCGCCCUCGACGAAUGGUCGUCGGUGCAAGAAGUCGGCCUUUCGAACUACUAUGGCGCAUCCUUCAACAUCCUCGACUCGCUCUUCUGCAUCGACUUCUUCGCCUUUCUCGGCAUGCGAAUCGCCGGCUUGCGCUCGCACGACCCGGAGAUGAGCCAGCUCGCGUUCGACACGCUCGGCCUCGCUGGUUGCGUCCUCCUGCCGCGCUUAACCAUCUCCCUUCUGCGCGGCAACGUCAUCCUCCUCGCGCUGAGCAAGAUGAUACGCGAGUUCAGCCUCUUCAUGGGCCUGGCUUUCCUCACUGCGUCCGGCUUCCUCUGCACCUUCCGCAUCCUCUCGCGCGGGACAUGGGAUGUCGGCCACAUCGCCUGGCUCAUGCUCAAGAUCUGGCUAGGCUCCGCCUUCCUUGGCUUCGACGCGGCUCAGCAGUUCCACCCCUUCUUCGGCCCCUUCCUCAUGGUCCUUUUCGCCGUCCUCGCUCAAACUCUUCUCCUCACGAUCCUCAUCUCGCUCCUCUCCAACACUUUCUCCGCUGUUCAGGCAAACGCCGAGACCGAAAUUCUCUACCAGAUGGCGCUGCGUACGAUCGAGCGCGCGAAAGCAGACCCGCUCACCUGCUACGUCCCGCCUUUCAACAUUCUCGCGCUCAUCGUCCUCUUCCCGCUCCGUUGGCUUGCCUCGCCUCGCUGGUUCCACAAGUCGCAAGUCUACCUCGCUCGCCUCCUCAACCUCCCUUUCCUUCUCUUCCUCGCCCUCCAAACCCGCGCGCUCCACCAAAAACGCUCGCCUCUCUACCUCGCUACGCAACGCACGCAGCGCGCGUGGGAGAAGCUCCCGCGCACGAUACUGGGCGGGAUGGUACCCAUGUGGGAGGGGAGUGUCGAGGCUGUUGUGGGCAAGGUGUUUGAGAGGGAAGUGACGGAGGAGGGAAGGAGGGUUGCGAGUAUCGAUGAGGCGACACCGACGGCGGCGGGGGAGGCCGAGGCGGAGCAGCAGGGGAAGGGGAAGAAGAAAGCUCAGCCGCCUUCACCGCUCAAGCAGCGUCGCGGCGGAGCGGGCGGAACGGUCGGUGACAGGCUCGGGUCGCUCACUUCGCCUCUCGCUCGCAUCUUCGGACCCAGCGCCAUCGCCUCGUCCGCUUCGUCGUCCGCUGUUGAGUCACAGAAGUCACUCAAGGCGGCGCCUCCCUCGACAGAUGAGAAGGCGCUCAACGACCGCCUCACGCGCAUCGAAGAGGCGCUCCAGAUCCUCCUCGGCGAAGUCGUGAAGUCUGGACAAGCGGGCGACGAGGACGACGAGAAGAAGACGGUGCCGUUGACGAGCUUGUCGGGCGAGAUUGAGCCGAGCUAUGCGGACGAGGAGAAGUAG